AUGGAGCAGCGACUGUCGUCCACAUGUGCGAGUUUUCUAACGAACGAUGGAAGCGACGAUCUAGUAGUGCGCUACGAAUGGGACGGUGGUGCUAUUGGUCUUGAGCUUAUGCGUACACCGCCAUCGACUACGAAACACGUCAUCUACUGGGGCGUCGACUCGCUUGGCGUUACGUUGGGCGUGGAGGAAACUUCUCGACGCGUAAUUGUGACGCGUUCUAGUCGUUCAGACGUGAAAGAGGGUGAUGUACUGCUUCAGGCGGGUGGAAAACCUAUAAUUGGGCAAGAUUUCAGCCAACACAUGGCGUUGCUUAAGCAGGAGCACGAGUUGGGUGAAGUAGCCAUUCCAUUUGUCUUUGUCCCUCCUCCACCUCGUGUGUUUGUUAAGAGGUGCGAGGGUGCAUUGAAAGAAGCCGGUGUAGGUCCAAGUUUUGAGCUAAAAUACGUGGACGGUCGUGUCGUGAGAUAUUUGGAGAUGAAAGAGCUGCAGAUACUCAUCCGCAACUCGAACAAACCGUGUACGAUGGCAUUUGUGCAGACCAAAGAGAAACAAUUCUAUGGCGUGCUGCAAAAACAGGAGCAACAACGACGUAAAUUGCAACAUGCCAAUCAAGCUGCGAUUGCAAGUGCGGGACUGGCUUUGGCUGCGGCUAUCGUUGUCAACAUUACAUAA